AUGACCGUAGCUGCAAGAGUAAUAGGUCCUGAAAAAUGGCUUGGAAACGAGGAAAUUGAUGCGUUCAUGUAUAUAUGGCGAGUGAAGACUUCUUUGAGGCAUUGGACACUAGACUAUGUUGCUUUCAUUCCCACCUAUUUUUACCUUCAAAUUGAGAAAGCAUACCUUAGCUUUACAGGUAGCAAAAUAGGCUAUGUAUUAGGCGAUAUUAUUCUUGCUUACUGGAGAGGAGAACUUCCAUCUCAUGGGCGGACUAAUAAAGUCUUCAUUUAG